GAUUACUCUUGGAAGGGAUUGGUGACAACUAUUCGACCACGUGUCCACUUUCUAGAACUUAAACAAUAUGCAUGUAGACCUACGUGUCCCGCUUUCGGAUCCAGUACUUGCAACUAUACAAAAUCUGAUUGGUUACUGGGUGGUGGUCGGACUUUACUUUUCUCCUAUUCGCCGCUUUAUGCUGCUUCUCCUUGUCCUUCCGCCACGUUUCCUACUCCUCCAGCCAAUUACCUCUCUUACACGUUCGGAUCCCUUCACGCGUGUCCCACAUUCUCCAUUAUCAUUUUCUGUAUAAAGCUUAGGUUACUCUUCUUCCUGUUGUGUAUUUCCUCUACGUGGUGAGAAAUUUGGAGCGAGAAUGGAUGGAAGGGAUGGGUGUUGUAUUGCAAGACAUGCUGGGAGUGUGAGUGGGUAUGGCAUGUCGAAAAUGGACCGGAUAAUGCAGAGAUUCCGGCCCAUAGCGCCGAAGCCGGCUGCCGCAAUUGGGUCGUUUUCCAGCGGCAGCGGAAGCAGCUCCGCCGUAGCGGAAAAGGCCGAUCUGAGCGUUAAAGCUGAGAUUGGAAAAAGACCGUGUGAAAAUUAUAGUGCAAGUAACGCAAAGAACAGAUGUACCAUGAGAAAAAGGAAGGCUUCAUCUGAAGAUAGCGAGGUCAAUGGUAGAACAGCCUCCAACGAGUCAAUUUCCGGAGGUGACACGGUGGUGACGCUGCUGUUAUUGCCGGAGACCCCUGAUGUGAAGGAAAGCUCCAAAAGGGAGCCACAGAGUUCACCUCUAUGGCUAAGUUUUGGGAAUGAAGAAAAACACGUUGGUCACGGCGUGGAGAACCCUCCACCGGCGGUGGUCGGAUCAUGGGUGAAGGUUGAAUGCAUAACUGACGCGUGGGAGCAUUGUGAUGUUUACGGACUAGGGCAUACGGACGAGGAGAGAAUGAUGAAUCUUUAUCUCGACACGUGUCCAGGGUUCGUAUCGGACGGUCUGAACAGGGUGAAGUGGACGAAUUUAGCCUACAAGAAGAUGGUACAAGGUGAGGCGGCGGCGGCGGCGGAGGAGGAGGAGGUGUGGUUGGUGAUAAACAAGGGGGUGGCGCUGCCCGUGGGUUUGGCCUCUUUCACAUGCUGGGUGAAGGUGGUGAAAAAUCCCACGAUUUCUCUCAUGGUGCCAUGUGAUGUGUGGAGAAUGGAGCGUGGAGGUUUUGCAUGGAGACUUGAUGCAAAGGCUGCCCUAUCUUUGGGUUCAUAAAUGCUAAUUAACUUUCGACUUUGAAAAAUGCCGGAGUACAUGUCACUAUUCAUAGAAGGGCCUUAGAGGCAACUGGACAGGUUGGUGGGUCCGACCUGUAUUAAAAAAAAAUAUUUCGCCCUAUACGUCUAGCAUUACUGAUUAACUUUGGUGAUCCACUUCUUGAAGACGGUACUUGUGAUGCUAUUACGGCAAAUUAACCCUUGUGAAUUGUUUCGUUUUUUCUCUUUGGAUUUUGAAUGAGAGUACGAAAUCGGUUUUUGAAGUUUGAUCC